AUGAUAAUUGCAGCAUGUCAUGCAUGUCCGAAGUUCAAAUUACCCGAUUGCACAGUUCUCAAAGAAGGCUUGCGUUGUGUAAACCCUAAAGUAUGGUAUCAUCGUGGCAGUUAUUGUUUGCAUGCUGAAUUCGCUUGCAAUCACAGUUUUCAUGCAGUGCAAGGACGAAUGAUUGACAGAAUCCGAUUGGAUGAUGAUUACGCGGAUCCAAGCAAAGAUGACGCAAAACACAAAACAUACGGUGUGCAUCAGUUACACAGAUUGGAUGAAAGAAUUCAACGUUUUCCUAUAAGGGGAUUUAAGCGUCUUCCACGUGAAAGUUUAUAUUGUAUGACUGAUAAACGAUGGUACUACCGUUCCAAUUAUCCGCCUCUUAUCAUUCGAACUGACCAGAUUUUCUGUUUAUAG